AUGUUCAGUCAGGAGAGGUUCAAGGCCGUGGGCUUGCUGGCGGGGGCCGCGGCCGGGGUGGCCUCGGGCUUCCUGGGCUUCUACUACUUCUGGAGGCACCAGAAGAGCCGCCUGGUGCUGGAGGGCUUGGGGCAGGAGGGGAGUCUCCAGGCCCAGGCCCAGGCCCGGGCUCAGGUUCAGGCCCAGACCCAGACCCAGACCCAGGUUCAGGCCGUGGCCCAGGCCGCCCCCAGCGGGCCCACAGAGGAGCAGCUCGAGAUUCGCUGGCACCUGGACUCCAUCCAGAGCUGCCUGGACGGCCUGAAGGCUGAGGUGUCCUCCCUCAAGGAGUGCAUCCAGUCCAUUGUGGAGAAGCAGACCAGCCUGAGGAAGCCCAAGAGCUCCAGGAAGAAGAAGAGGAGAUACGAAUCCAAGAGAGACAGCGACGAUUCGACAGAGUCUGUCUCCAUCUACUUCACAGCCAACGCGGGGAAAGCCUCAGACAGCGAGAGUGAGGCGGGGCAAAUAGAAAUCCCGGCAACAUUAGAUUGUUCCAUGCUUGCUUUUGCAGCUGAAUCAUUCACAGAUGACAGGACUGGGCUGGAUGCUGAGUCUCCAUUUCUUCAAUAUCAGCCAACAGCUGGUUCUACCACAGCACUUACUGACACUGAGGUGGAGAAGGAUGAAGAACAGAAAAGCAAUUUGGUUCAGGUUUUCGAUUUCUCCCCUGCUCUGAAACCAGAACCAGAGACUGGGGCUGUGCAAUCCUUGAUAUCGCCAGAAGUAGAUCAGAGUGAAAUGAGUGCCCUGCUGGAAGAAGUAGACAGGUUACAUGGUGGAAGCAAAGAGGAACAAGAACAAGGAUUUAAAGUCCUUUUAGACAAUAAAAAUAAGUAUGGUAAAAGAAAAGAGUUCUGUUGGCGGAUGAUUCGUGCCUACAGCGACAUGACUCAGCUGACAGAAGAUAAAGAAACACAGAAAUGCUAUGCUUUGGCUGGAAGAGAUGAAGCAACUGCCAGUCUGCAGGACCAUGGGGACAGUAUAGAAUGCCAAAUAUGGCUUGCCGUGGUGUGUCGCCAUCUGCAGGACCAAGGCAUUGAGGAUAGGUCUGAAGAAAAUAACAAUCUCAAGGAGACACAAGUUGAGACUGAUGUGCUGGUUGAAGAUGUUAACAGUUAUGACAGCGUAGACUCCAAUCCUGCCAACAUCUCUCUCAUUGACACACUAGAAAUAACUGAAGCCUCCGACAACAUUGAAGAACAGGACAUGCAAGCACAACGUGAAGGUAACAUAUUAGUUGAUGCCAUUAACAGUUAUGACAAUAUAUACACACAGCACUACGCCAUGUCUAUCACUGACAUAGCUGCCAUGGAGGAAAGAGACAAAGAAGAGGACAUGCAGGCACUAGAAGAAGCUAACCUAAUGGUUGAAUUCAUUGAUGGUUACCGCACGACAUACACAAAUGAAUGCAACAUCAGUGCCUCUGACACAGCCCAAACAGCAGACACGGAGAGUGAAUACGACCAACAGGAUGAAGCUGAUGAGGAUGAAGCUGAUGAGGAUGAAGAUUUGCAGGACUGAAGAGAAAAAGCUUGAGGAACCAACGGAACCAAGCAAGGACUGACUGCUGGAGUGACCAUGAGCUACCAGUACCGUAGAACUUGUCAUCGUCACACAGCAAUGGUUAACGAUUUGAUUUAAAAAUUAAAUCAAACAGUACUUGAGCAUUAUAUAAAUAAUGAGAUUUCUUAAAAGGCAAUCUAUUCUCCCUUCCUCUCCUCCAAGACUCCCCUUUCCCUCAGUAAGUGAUGCCCUUUCAGCCGGUGCUAGACUGUAUUUGUCAUGGACAUCCUUGUCAGGAAAGAAACAUUCUUUGGGCCUAACUAUUGCAAGGACAGAGGAAUAAGAAAUAUUCAAAUUGUUUUUGUUAUAGG